AUGGCAAAAUCAUCCUCUGCAGAAGAGAUGCUUUCUACAGGAAGAGCAAGGACUAACCAGAAAGUCACUGAGGAUCAGUCAUUCAUGAAUAACUUGCGGAAGAAAGACAGGAGAUGCGUGGUCAUUGAAGAUGUUGUGGAACAGCUGUGGUGGGAGCUCAGCUCCAGGCAAUAUACUUUGUCCAUCGUUGUAGUGGGGAUAGUGCAGAAAGAGCUGGACAGGGCAAAGGGAAGGGACAAGUCUGGCAAGUGUGACUUGCACGGCUGGGUCGCAGAGCAGGAAGGGCAGGGGCCCAGAGCCACCACUGGUCUGGUGUGUCCUCUGGAGGUGUCAGUCAGUUCAGGCAGUAUCCAGGUUGCCCGAGGCCAGACAGCAGUAUUGCCCUGCACCUUCACCACUAACGCUGCUCUCACUAACCUUAAUGUCAUCUGGAUGGUCAUUCCUCUUUCUAACGCCAACCAACCUCAACAGGUUAUUCUCUACCAAGGGGGUCAGAUCUUUGGUGGUGCACCUCAGUUCUAUGGGCGAGUGGGGUUUGCUGUGACAAUGCCAACCACCAGUGCCUCCAUCUUCAUCAACAACACUCAGCUAUCGGAUACUGGCACAUACCAGUGUUUGGUCAACAAUCUUCCCGACCGAGGCGUCAGGAAUAUCGGAGUCAUUGGACUUACUGUCUUGGUUCCUCCUUCUGCCCCGCUUUGCAGAAUCCAGGGGUCCCUGGACGUGGGCAGCGAUAUCACACUGACCUGCAGCUCGGAAGAAGGCAUCCCCCGGCCAACAUACCUCUGGGAGAAACUGGACAAUGUUCCCAAGUUGCCCCCAACUGCCACACAAGACCAAGUCCAGGGCACUGUCACUCUCCGAAAUAUCAGCACUGUGUCCUCAGGUCUUUACCAAUGUGUGGCUUCAAAUGCCAUUGGAACCAGCACUUGCCUUCUGGACCUGCAAGUCAUUGCACCUCACCCCCGGAGUAUUGGCCUGAUCGCAGGAGCGGUGGCCACAGGUGCUGUUGUGCUCGUUGUUUGCAUUGUGUUGGUGGCCGUGGCAUUGUUUUACUGGAAAAAUAAACACAAAGAAGAAGAAGAGGAGGAGAUUCCCAAUGAAAUAAGGGAGGACGACCUGCCGCCCAAAUGCUCCUCCGCCGCAAAGACAUUCCAUGCUGACGCAUCCUCAUCGGAGAACGACACCCUCACCUCCUCCAACACCUACAACAGCCGCUACUGGAAUGACCCCAAAGCCAACCACGCCACAGACUCCUUCACUCGUUUCAGCAACAGCAACGAUGCCCACCAGCCCCCUUUCUCCCGCUCGGGGAGCACGAGCAACCGCCCCGUCUAUGCCAACGGGGGACACCACCCUCCCGCCCGCUCCUACGCUGUCAGCCAGGCCACGCUGGAGCUGAUUGGGGCUGUCCCCGUUAUGGUUCCCGCCCAGAGCCGGGCUGGCUCCCUUGUGUAG